CGGGGCGGUGGUUUCCAAUGGCUGGGGCGUCCUGCCUCGCUUGUCCAGGGUCAGACCUGUGACGCUGGGGUUUGAAUCAGACCAGACGUCAUUAUUGACAGUCGUCUUGACCCCGAGCGUCGCCAAACAAACAACCGCGGGAAGGACGAGUAGCAGACAGAUUGGGCCACCGAAACAGUCACACGAUCUACAACAUGAGAUCUUGGUCCAACCUGCGGCGCCACUUGGAGUGAGUGUCUGCGCGCAGUCAUCAAUCCCCAGUGCCAGGCACUUGAUACGAGCGGGAGCUAUGCUGUGUUGGUCUGGCAGUGCCUGUCUGGGAUGGUGGUGUGGAGAGGAGAGGAUGCUUUGCUGUAUGUCUACGCGUCCAGGGCGUCCUGGGGCAGCAUGGCUGCAUGGUUGGACGGCCGGCUCACGGAGAUGAAAUGCCCCCAAAGCUACUGUGUGCUGUACAGUAGACCCUCAUACUUCCUGCUGAUCCGGGCGUGCGAGGGAGUGGCAUCAGCAAGGAUGGGCAGGGCAGGGGCGGCGGGAAGAAGUGACUUGGCUUCGCGGCAAGCCCUACACGCCUUGGCAAGUUCCCCACAAGCACCUGUCCGACCGAGACAGGGGUACCGCGACUUACACGCGCACUGUACCCCCGACUGGCGGGAAGCUAAACCUGACAAUUACGAGCAGGAUGAGGGCAAUUGGGAACUAGAGCUGGGGAACAGAGCCAUAUUGGGGCAAGGGGUGCCCAAUUAGCAUCCCACACGGCAGCGGCAGCGGCAGCAGCAGCAGGCGACGGCAAGGAGCAAGGGGCCAGGUCCCAGGGGCGAGGAGGAAGGAGAGGUGCAUGAUUAUUGCCGUGGUUGUUAUUAUUAUCAGCUCCCAUCUUUCUCGUUUGCCCUCUGCGACCCAUUGGCCUCUUUUUCCUUGAUCUACAUCAGACGACCCUCUCCUUUACCUUUCCCAUCAUACCCAACCACCCGUCACUUUCCUCCUCCACAUUCCAACCGUCGUUGUUGACUGCGAGCUAUUUCUUGUAUCCCACCCGCGAGACACGCCCGACUCACUCGCUUCGUCGGAUCAGCUAUUCUUUUCCUUCUUCCAACUGACCCAUUGAUUCACGCCAAUCACUCUACUCCUCCCUUCGCUGCCGCUCCUUUUCUACUACUGCAAGCAGCAAGGUAGUACGGCGCCAACUGCCUCAACACCCACCAAAUAGCAUCUGGUCCCUGCCGACGACCUCGACGAAGACGCAGGUCAUCAUGAAGUCUUACGCCCUUACGUCGGCUUUGCUGGCGGCCGCCGCCACGGCCAACCCUACCCAAACCGAGCAGGAACCACCCAGCAAGCGCGCCAGCCUGCCCGCUGUCACCGCCUCUGGCAAUGCCUUCUGGUCCGGAAAAGACCGGUUCUAUGUCCGUGGCAUCGAUUACCAGCCUGGUGGAUCGUCCAACCUGGCCGACCCGCUGGCUGAUACUGCCACCUGCAAGCGUGACAUCGCCGAGUUCAAGAAGCUGGGAAUCAACACUGUCCGUGUCUAUACCGUCGACAACUCUGCCGACCAUGAUGACUGCAUGAGCCAGCUGGCUGAUGCUGGCAUCUACCUGAUUCUCGAUGUCAACAACCCACUCUACUCCAUUAACCGUAACAGCCCUGGUGAAUCCUACAAUGACGUCUACCUCCAGAGCGUCUUCGCCACCGUGGACCAGUUCGUCAAGUAUGACAACACCUUGGCUUUCUUCUCCGGAAACGAGGUCGUCAACGACCAGGCCAACACCACAUUGGCUGCCCCCUAUGUCAAGGCUACCACCCGUGACAUGCGCCAGUACAUUAGGAACCGCGGCUACAGGGCGGUCCCUGUCGGCUACUCCGCCGCAGAUGUCUCUCAGAACCGCUUCCAGCUUGCACAGUACUUCAACUGCGGUACCGACGACGAGCGCAGCGACUUCUUCGCCUUCAACGACUACUCAUGGUGUGACAGCAGCUUCCAACAGUCUGGCUGGGACCAGAAGGUUAAGAAUUUUACCGGCUACGGUCUUCCCCUGUUCCUCUCCGAGUAUGGCUGCAUCACCAACGGCCGCAGCUUUGGCGAGGUCGAGGCUCUGAUGAGCAGUGACAUGACCUCCGUUUACUCCGGUGGUCUGGUGUACGAGUACUCCGAUGAGGGCAACGGAUACGGUAUCGUGUCUAUCGACGGCGACAGCGUGUCGGAGAAGAGCGACUUCGCGGCCUAUUCUACUGCACUGGCCAAGAAUCCCGCUCCUACUGGCGACGGUGGCUUUACUUCGACAACCGCUUCCCAGGCCUGCCCCUCUGCCGACUCUGAUUGGCUCGUUAGCAAUACAUUGCUGCCCGCCAUCCCCUCGGGGGCAGUUCAGUACAUGAACAAGGGUGCCGGUAAUGGCCCUGGCCUGAAGGGAGAUGGUUCUCAGAACGCUGGUGGCACCUCCACUGGAGAUGCCAAGCCUGGCUCUGGAUCAGCCACAGGAUCUGCCGCCACCGGCUCCUCCAGUGGCAACGCCGGCGCGGGUGGCCCUGGUCCUCUGGACGUGGGGGCUUUCAUGGUCACUGGAGUCGUCGUCUUCUUCAGCCUUGUUGGCACCAUGCUCCUAUAAGCGUCAUACCUCGAGCUCAGGAAAAUUAGGCUUCGUGUACAUGGAUCAAAUCCAUUUUGGGUGGGGACAUAAUUACUCAAGAUUUAUUGCGGCGUACUGGGAAACAGGUUCUAUUGAUUGAGGAUACUCGCAGCAAGCUGGAGAGUCUGAUUCUUUCGUGUCCCCGGGGCUGGGAUGCGGUUAAUUCUGACAGUAGCAAAAGAGAAACGAAGAAUGUGGUCUCUGAAAUAGAUUCUCAUACUGCCACG